CCUACUCCCUGCAAACCUCACACAUGAAAACGAAAUUACUGUGCCAGUAUCGACUAGGGUACAGUGCAGUGCAAGAAUCACCAAAACAACUCCAAAAAAUCGAGAAAAAAAUCAUCAAAAAGAGGGAUAAUAACUCCAGUGGAUGACUGAACCGAGUGAAAUGUCUCCUACUCCCGAAUUUUCUUGUCCACCAGUUCUCCGGUGUCCGUAGUCUGCGAGGGCGGCGUGGAACCGACGAGGUGAUGAUGAUGGAAGAGUAGAUGCGCCUCAUGGCUGGAGGCACCGGCAAGAGGGGAAAUUUUUACAGUGGAGACUGGACAUGUGAGGGAAAGACUAGUCGGUCGAUUGUUCAUAGAGUUGGAUUGAGUGAAACGUUUGAGAGACGAAAAAUUUUGGAGAACAGACGUACUUACAUUCACAACAUUUCUACACUCCAACAGAGUAUACUUAGAAUCUUUUCGGAGUGUCUGCAUUGCGAUCUUUACAUUAUACACGGAUCAUACUUACUACAAACAAACACUUGUAUCGUUAAGACAAGAGCUCCGAAAUUGUACGACGUGUUAGAGAGUUAUUUCGUUGAUGAGGGGAGACCGAGCAAAUGCGUUCUACGUUCCUUGGAUAUUUUUCAUCAGGUCCAGGAUUUUGUGAGAUUACUUUACUGCAACUUGGACAUCACCAGGGAGGAGCUCUACCUCGUAGACUUACUGAUCACCCAGGGAAAUGACUCGUCCUCCCCAGUGGUAUCAUUACCCAACGAUGUGGACCUAACUCCAGCCUCAGAAAUGGCAGACUCCGGGCUGGAGACCGGCUCAUUCAGUCUCCAAGAGACAACAGAAUCCGAGAACUCAGGGACAGACUUCGAAGAGUCCCACAUAACGGACUACAUCUCCACCGACGAUGACUUCAUCAGAGUCUCGAUAAGCGGAGACAUCGAGAGAUCAAAAUCCCAGAAUCAGAGAUGCCAGGCUCCUCCAGAGCGAAUACCCCAGCUCCCCAGGACGAGUAAUAGUUUCCGUGGGGGAAUAAAACCGGAUCCUUCGUCGUCAGGUUGCUCCUCUCGUGAGGAUCACGACCCGACGACCUGCGACGUCUCCUCAGACACCUCAAAAUAUGAAAGGGAAGUGUUGAACGAACCGUUCUACGAUUCAGACCCCAACGACAAUGAUCAGGGCUCGUCAUUCGUUCCCACAGGUUCAUUCGAGUUCAUCGAGCCUGAGAAUUCGUUUCCCAUUCCUCCGCACCCUCAAAAAUAUAUCCUCGACAACAACCUUGAGGAGAAAUCCCUAAAGCCCGAGGCCCGAAGCAUGAUCGUGGAGAAGCUUCAGCACGAGCUGUCCCACUCGAACGAUCCCUCCCUGAAGAAGAGUUCCUCAAGCAUAAACAGCUACUACUUCAUCGACGCAUCAAGUCUGAACGAUGAGCCUGACAUUGGACUGCUCCUCUCGAAGGACGAAAAAUCCGGAACAUCACUUCCCCCAUACCUGGAGGACUACAUUCCCUCGAGAACCGACGUGGACGGUGAUAAAGCGAGGAAGUCCUCUUUUCAGAUGCACCACGAGAACAUCGCAGAGUUCCAACGAGAGUUGAAGCUCACAGAAUAUCUAGAGCCCAUAUCAGAGCCCAGGAAGGUGAGACGAGUAGAUUCAAUAACUGAAGAGAGAGUGGAGAAAGUCGUUGAAAAGGAGUCGCUGGUGGUGGAGAUCAAGGAGGCUGACAGUGGUGAGAGCAAUCAUCCCUCCCCCUGCAUUGAUAACAAUAAAAAGGCGAGGGAGAACGAGGUGAACGACAUCUCCCUGACGAAUGACAUGUUCGAGGGGGCUGUCAACAAUUCUGGUAACUCAAGGAGAUCUUCACUGAUAAGGGGAAAUACUUUUGAAUUGGAAACUGGAGAUGAGAAACUGUCGAAUCUUCGUCAGGAGUACGAACGUCGUCAGGGGAAUUUGGUAUUCAAAAAUUCGAUUCCUCAGUACUCGGGGCACAGAGUGGACGAUGACUUGAUGUCCUCGUCGUCGAACUACUCGAUUUCUUAUCCAGAGUCGGUGAGGGUCAAGGACCUGGGAGCAACUGGAGAGAGUAAUGGGGUGUGUGGACUGUUGACGAAGAGUGCGAGUGAUAAGAACCUGGCAGAGUGCUCAGAGACUGACGACAGCUCUAUAGCAGACUGCACCAGUCUUCCAGCGACCUUCGAGCCACAUUUCAUGUCCAGCAGAUCUGGGACACUGAAGAGACCCAGGAGGGACGAGAUGACGCCGAUAGUGUCUGGUGGUGUGAGCUCUGUGGAUUAUUCCAGGCCUGUGGACAGUCCCACUGUGAGGAGAAAGACUGAAUCGACUCCAAUAGUGUCUGGAGGCGCUGUACUAAUGAAUUCACGAGUGGAGAAGGUGGGAAGACCUACGAGAAUGUCCUCCUCGAUGACGACGUGGGUGGUCGACAUGAGCGAUUGUGGGAAAGUGGCGAAAACCAACAGCUCCCUGGGGGACAUGUCCCAGAGUUUCUCUUCAGCAGAAUGCAUCACCAAGGGAUUGAACAGGUCAAAAGGUAGUUUAGGAUUUUUCGUCAAUCUGAAGGACAUCGCUUCACCCCAGGACGAGACAGCUGGGUCUACCUCCAGGAGGGAGGACGCCACCAAGUUCUUCGUGGAUUUAUCGUCUGAGGCGUCUGGAAAAACGAAGAAAGAGACCAAUGGGAGGGAGAAAACUCCAGAUAAGAAGAAUAUAUUCUCGAUGUUCAUCGAUCUGAGUGACUCAGACAAUGGAAAAAAUCAGGGGAAACCUUGUAGAGCACAACCGAGGAGCUCAGAUGACAGUGGAAAGGAGGGAGGAAGUGAAUCCUCACAAGAGUCCAGGUCCACUGAGAAGAAGAGUGUCUUUAUGUAUAUCGAGUCUGAUUCACCAGUGGUUAGACGAAGGACUCUUUCAACAUCAAAACCCAGUUUUCAGAGGCACUCGUGGAAUGUGGAGAAGGUCCAGGGAAAUGGGCUCAAGGAGGCGCCUUUUCGUAAGGAGCACAAACGAGCUAGAUCGGUAUCAAUUGAUCCGGAGAUUCAGAAAAAAUUAUCACAAAAUACUGGGUCUGUUUGCUCCCUCAAUCAGGAGAAAACUCAAGCACCUGUUGAUCCUCCUAACGAGUCCUCGAAGCCAGAAAUUCCAGAAAUAGUUGAUUACGAAAUUAGAGAUACUCCACCGAACUCCCACGUGGAGAUCAUCAACGAGGACAUAUCUCGUUGUGCAAAACGAAAUGAAUUAAAGGAUCUCAUGAAGAGUGAUAUGGGCUCCAGUACUGAGGCAUCAGUCGAUCCAAAAGCUGAGGAUGAGCCCUCGGACGUCUCUGUCUGGGAGAAGACGGGUACAGAGAGCACAGAAGGGCAUACGAGAAAAUCGGAGACCUUUGACAUCAGUAGUGGAAGCGCCAGUGGUCCCUCCUCCAGUGAUAACCAGGAGUUCGAGAUAUCAGGGUACACAAAGGAUAGACGACAGGAGGUGUCUAGCAAGGUGUCAGAGACCCACAAAUCUCUGACCAAGACCAUAAAGAAGAUUGAGGAUGAACUCGAGGAGGAUUACGACGACUCCCAGAAGACUAUUCCAGACACAAAGGAAUCAGCCUCUUGUUCUGGAUUCGUUAGACUCUCGGAUCUGGACAAAACCCCAGCGAAGGUGGAGAUCACUUCCUCGGAGGACACUACGAGAAUCACCAAUCUCUCAUACAGAAUGAGCAAGAGCAUACCUGAGACCUCCUGGGUGGAGAGCAAAUUGGCCUUGAACAGAACAAAUGGCCCCUGUGCAGUGCGAACCCUCAGCACCAGGAAAUUUACCUCGAUAAUGAGCACAUCAUUACCAGCUAAACACAAAUCCCCAAUCGACGAGUUCCAGAACGAUCUGGACCCAGAGAUGAUCUCAGAAUCAGACAUCAGCAGUAUGCAAUCGAGUAUGGGACGGUCAGGGGCUGAUGUCAGCACUGAAGAGACUGAAACCUCGUCGUUUGCAAAUGUCAAGCCCUACAACAGACUCGGGGAGGACCUUCUGAGGAUGUUCCUUGAGGAGAUUAAUCCUGACGUUACCAUCGACGUCUCUGGUAGGAGAAUCAGGGCUCACAAGUGCAUUUUGAGCUCCAGGUGUCAGUACUUCGCUGCUAUUCUCAGUGGAGGUUGGAUUGAGAGCGCUGGGAAUGUCAUCUCCUUGCAGGGAUACUCGUAUCCAUCGGUUCACUUUGCUCUCUGUCAUAUAUACAGUGGUGAGAGCAACAUUCCUGAUUCCAUAAGUAUUGUUGAGCUGGCAACACUCGCUGAUAUGCUGUGCCUCGAGGGACUGAAGGAGGUCAUUGGAUACACCCUGAAGGUGAAGUAUUGUCACUUAUUCCAUAAACCCUGCCAGCUCUGUGCUGUCGGGGUUCUUGAGUGUCUUCCAUUGGCAGCUACUUAUGGCCUUGACGAAGUGUACAGGAAGUCGUUGAGGUGGAUUACCAGGCAUUUUGUCAGGAUCUGGCCCUGCAAAGCCUUUGCAACUUUGCCAAGGGAACUCAUGGACAAGUGUUAUCAUCAGCAUAUCGUUCACAUGUCGGCUGACAAUGUUCUCCAGACUAUAAUGGAUUGUGAUAAACUAUUAGCAACUCUCCCCAAUAUACGAUGGGCAGAACCAGUCUUCAGGAUGGUGUCAAAUCUGUUGGAGACUGGACUGAAGUUCAUGAGUGAUAAUUUCUCGUCAGUUCUGAGUAACGACAGCUUUCAAGCUCUUGGAAGAGAUUUAUCUUGGAAUAUCAGUAGACUUGAGGAUAAUGUUCUUGCGUCAGCUGAUAGACUUCCUCCUGAUCAGGCCUGCAGGAGUUACUCGAAAUUAUUUAAGAUGUUGGGGAGCGUUGGGUGUGAGGAUCAUAAGCAGUGGAACCCCCUGUUCGUGGAAUUUCUGAAGAAGAUACAGGGACGUGUGGAGAAGUGUCUGGUUAAGGAGGCGCCCAGGGCUGCCAGGACCACCACCUGGUUGAAGAUGGAUCUGGAGCUUCGGAGGAGGAUCCAAGAGCUCGCCUGUCUCGUUAUACUUCCUCAUGAGGGAAUGAAGAGGACCACGAGACACACCAACUUCGGGAAAGAAUCGAAAACCCCUGGCAAACCCGUGGGGAACAGAAAUGUAGAUCUGAGGAAAGUGAAGAUGGCGAGUUCAGAUCACACUUCCAAUGCUUCAAAACCCAGCACAAGUCAACCGAAGAAAGUCAUGAUUAAACCGAAGACAGAUCCUCUGGAAAGAAAGAUGCAGGAUACUAAGGCUAUUGUUCAGGGGGAAUCAUCAAUGAGGCCAAAAUCCUGGCCGAAUAAAUUGGAAGUUAAGUCUAGGUAUUUGGAACCCAGGACUAAAUCAGCUCCCAAGGAUUCAGUUCCCCCCAGUUUACCUGAGAGAAUAGGUGUCCAGCAGAGAAGGAAGAUCAUGAUAUCAUCCUCUGAUUCUUCGAGAACAUCGAGUCCAGCGAUGAAGAGGGCUGUUGACAAGAAACCCCCCACGAAGAUGAAGCUGUCUGUGAAGAAGGAUGUGAAGGCAUUGUCCACUGAUAGCUUGACGGAGUCCUGCAAUGUCAAGGGCGUCAAGAAGGAUGCUUCGGUGAGCAAGAGCUGUGGUAUCACUAGGCCAGAGUCACCCUCCAUGAGGGUGAAGGAGGGAGAGAUUGGACUCUCUGUUGAUUCAUUGGCUGAAGUCAAGAAGAAGCCUGUGGCUGUGAAAAAAGUUACUGGGAAAAUGGACACGUCGAUGUCGACUGACAGCCUUAUGGCUGAUGUUGCUGGGAAGACGGCGUCGAAUAAAAUAUCCCCGACGCUUGGAAGGAUUGGCAAGACCCAGGAGAGGGUGAAGAAGUCCCCACCGAUGACACAAAAGAGCCCUCUCAGUGUCGCUAGGCGGCCUGUUAGGUCGGUUGAGAGCUCCACUGCUGCUAGUAGAAAUAGAGCUGCUGCAACUAGUGUUUAUCAGGGAUCACCUAGUCUUAGGAGGAAUCUCCUGGAUGCUGCCAAGAUACCUGAUUUUGGGAGGACUGUUAAUGGGGGUUCAAAGGUUAGCACAAAGCAGAGUACGCCUUCCACGAGCACACCGCCUGUGGGGAAGAGGGAGAAGAGGGACAGCAAUGCCUCCAGCAGCGAGAGCCCCAGCAAAAGAUCACCGAAGUUGAAUGGGGUCAGCAGACCUCUAAGGGUCGUUGGGAAGAAGACUGGGAAGGGAGUGGAGGAGAAGAAGACGAAGGUGGAGGCUGUCAAACUUGGAGUUGGCUCCAGGUCUGGGACUUUCUUGAAGGAUGAACCCACUAUUCUUAAGAAGUCGGAUAUGAAGACGACGCAGGUGACGUCGUAAGGGGUUGGGGAGGUGAAUUUUCGUUUCAUUUGGUGACUGUGGGAGCGGUUUUGAUUUUUUUUUAUUUAUUUUCUGGGGCAAAAGGACGUCAGGUGAUGAGACACGUAGUGGAGAUUCUGGUAGAAUGGAGUGUCUUUAAUUAUUAAUUACUCGGGAUCGGUAGAGUAGAAUUCGCCGAUUUUUUUUUCAUUUUGACGACUUUUUUUUUAUCUGUAAGUUGUGAAAAAAUCAUUCGUUUUUAAUCUACGGAUUCUGAGUUAUUAACUAUUGAAAACGUUCCAUGUUGUGUCGGGCAUGAUUUUCUUAGGAUGGAGACACGAAGUGGAGAAGUAUUAACAACGUUUUUUAGUCAAGAAAAUAAUGAAAAAGUGGCUUGAUAAUACAGUCGUUCUUUCAAGUGACUGUUAUGUCUUAGCACUUAGUCACUUUUCACAAUGACAAGGUCAUAUCAAUUUUUUUUAUCCCGUCUUCGUGCUUCAUUCGACGAAAAUAUUCCACACAGCAACUGUCAACAUAAUGGGAAGCGAGCAUUCAACGAACUUAAUGUUACCUUCAAAGUUUUUAUGACUUCGAGAGCAUUCGAUAUUAAUUGAAUAUUUUCUUAAUCUCGAGACCCAGUUGUUUUGAAAGAAAAUCGUGAAGGAACUUCUCGUAGAACACGUUCUCACUGAGAUAACUCCACAUUUGAUUCAGGUUUUAUUAACGAACGGAAUUUGAUAUUAACAAGUGGAGGUUUUUCUUAAUACCAGAACAGUUGUUCUACAAUAAAAAAUCAGGACUCGUUUUAAAACAGACAUUUCAUCACCUGAAAGACGAUUCUUCUCACGUUUUAUUUUAAUUCCUGAUUAUUAAUUACUUACAUCAAAAUGAAAGGAGAAUCCAAUCGUUAAUUUUUUCAUCACCUGACGUUAGUCCUCUUCGUCCCAAAUACUUAAUUCAAUUUCCUAUUCUCAUGAAAUCGAUUGAAAAUUUGAAAAAUGAAGUGAUAUACUUCCUCGAGACCCAAAAAAUUAAAAAAUUUCCAGUUUAUUGGGGAAAGUCCUUGGGUUUUUAUCACAAGCCCCAAAACUUGUGAAAGUGAUAAUUCCAUGUGAGCAAUACGUUAAUCGUCCUAUGUAAAUUACCGAAGAGGAAAAAAAACGUUGAAACUUCUGGCUUUACGAAUGGUUUUAAUAAUGCAUGACGUGAAGGCAUUUAUCAAUUAUAUAUAUAGUUUAAAAAAAAAAUGCGUGUGCUAUGAAUUAACCGAAUACUUGCCACCGUAGGCAGUGAAAAGUAGAUAAUUUUUUUAUUUUCGAUCUUCAUUUUUUACUCGAAACAAUCAUUUCGCCCUCUCCCUUUGCAAUUUUCUCGACUCUUCGUAAACAAUUCCAUGAAAUGAAAAAAGUUAUUGAAAAAUUAAUCAUUGAUUGUUAAGUGGCUACAUACUUAGUAAUUAAAUAGAUAUUUAAAAGCCAGUUGCUGAUACGGCAGAUUAAAAUGAAUAUUUCACACGAUUCGAUUGAGUAAUUAUUCAAAUUCGAGAGAUUGGAAUUUAAUUAUCGAUUAAAAAAUGGAAUAGCAAUUAUGUUCGAUUUUUUCUAGUGAGCUUUGCUAUUCACUGAAUUUAUCAAUUAUUUAUUAUGGCCAACGGAUUAUGGAUUUUCAUUUUUUUUGCGUAGAGAAGAGUUGAAUAUAAUCCUGCCAAUCGCAGUGCUGAAAAACUGUCAUGCAGGACAUGUUAUGAUUGGCAAUUUUCCAUUAUUCAACGUAUCGUGCUGAUGAAAAAUAUUGAGGAACAGAUCGGGGGGAGUUUUAAGACUAGAGGCAAUUCGUGGCCAUUUCAAUGCGCAAGGUUAUUUUCUCAGUGGAUUUAUUUAACGAGACAUUGAUAUUGUUUUGCAUUUGCAAUGUACAUUUAUAUGCAAUAUUUGUAUCUAGUCAUUUAUAUAUUUUCAAUCAUUUGAAUUUAAUGUAAACGUUAAUGAUAAAUAUUUAAAUACAACGGUAAAAUUAUGAAAA